UGUUGACCUCAGCCUCGCCGAUAUUCCCAUCGGCUUUUUCAGUACUACUUUGUCAGGUCCCUCUUCAUUCUUCAUCCUAGAUACUACCCGAUUUCACAAAGUUGUAAUAUUCUCACCAACUUGUCACACUCCUACUCGUCAUACACAAUGCACAUAUGACUGAGUCGUUCCUUAGAAACCCGAGUAUCAAUUUGCCAUGCUUUCGUCUUAGCCGCUAGUGCUCUUUUGCCAAAGUCCGAAGCCUGGCCUUGCGAGAUCUUCUUCUGAGUUUUCAAGAUGACAGAUGAUCUAUCAUCUGCGCAUACAGAUCAAGCGAGCAUUGACGACCUGAUUCAAUCGGACUCAACCUCUCGAAGGAAAUCUCGACACAAUGCUGCAACUGGUGCAUCUGCUGCUGGUACUCGUGCUCUGAGUGCGCAAAUUGUUGCCUUUUAUUUCAGGUCACCUAUAAAGGCCUUUUUUCGUACCCGAGUUGAGUAUGAAUUCAAGUUGCCCACUCAAAUCAUUUCUGUUGGAUAUUAACAAGCCUUGCAUUUGCAGCUAUAUGGUGUGUAGCCCGGUCUUCCUCGUCCCUGUUAUCUCUAAAUCAUCGCUGAUUUUCUCGGUUCUACUCUAAAUCUGCAAAGGCAUUUGCCAGGGCUGUUAACCCUCACUCAGCGAAGUCUGGCUGGUCCUUGCAUACGACCACACCUGGGCUCUUGAUGCACGCCGUUCGUACGUAUGGUUGGCGCUUCAUUCCCAAUCAAGUUAUGCCCCCUUUGUUAGCGAAUGCCGCGUGAGCUCUCCCAAUCAUUGUACCAUUUCCAUGUGCGUAUCCUCUAACUGCCGCAGAGUUGGUGCCAUACUUUACACAUCAUACCUUCAAGU